AAUACACAGGUUGAAUAUCUUAAUUACCAUUUCAAUGAGGGUAAAUAAAUAGCAACAGUUGAAUUGUCAGUCACAAGUUAAUCCUUUCUUUUCUUGUAUACUUGUGACUUUGGUUUUCUGCUUCUUCUUCUUCCUCUUCUUCAAUCUUCAGCUGUGUAAUUUUGGUUAUGAAGGGAAGGCAGAACACACCAAGGAAAGAAAGUAUGCCUCAUUUAGGAGUCAAAAGCCUUCUUCUUGAUUCAGGUCCUGCUGAGGCAAACAAGCUUGCUGGCUCUGCAACCAUUUACAACCAGCCUCUUUGCCCUAAGCCUCGCAGAGUUGGCUCUGCCAUACCUGAAUUCCUCAAGCCUUUAAGAUGUAACAAGCACAGCCAACAAAACUCAGAUGAAAGAAGUGGAAUUCUGAACAUGAUCAGUGAAAAGGAUCUAAUAUUUGAUGGAAGAGAACCUUUAUGCACCAAGUGUUCACCAACAUGUUACUCAGGCUCUCCACCAGGAAGAACACCCAACCCUUUGGUUCAUGAUGUGCAGUUCAUUCACCAAAUGGAGCUUCUUUCACCAUUUACCAGAACAAAGCUUUCGGAUAAAUUUGGAUUCACAUCUGCUUCUCCAGUAUAAGCUUAGCCUCAGAAAUGGUGUUCAAUCCCAACUCCUUGGGAGAUUGUAUCCUGAAAAUACUUUUCAGGGUUCAUGAUUUUUUUUUUUUGUAGUAGUAAUUUGUAUAAGCUUGUAUUGUAAGUGUAAUUUUUGGGUAUCAAGUUGUAUAUAUUAUGAGAUGAAUUAAUUACCUCGGAUU